AUGAACAUUUCACAUGUUGCUGAUUCUAUUGGUUUGAAAGAGAUGCCAAGAUAUGAAGUUAAAAUUAUUGAGGAGGAUGACUGGAUGAAAGGAGCUCAUGUAGCCAAGGAUACACAAUUGAUAGAUUCCAUUGCUGAAAAACAAUCCCAGAUAUUUUCAGAAAAAUGUGCUCAUCCUAUGGUUCAUGGAGGGAUGGGGGUUGCCACUAGUGCAUACCCAAUGACUGAAUCAGUUCUCUCGAGUUCAAUGCGGCAUGGUGGGAUGCUUGGGCAUUAUAGUGGAAGUUCUACUACUUCAGCUGAUAAACCUAAAAUAGGCCUGAUAUGCUUGCGGUGUCGACGGCGUGGUCACCGAGCUAAGAAUUGCCCUGAAGUUCAAGUUGGUGCCAAUUAUGACAAGUAUUGUUACAAUUGUGGAGAAACUGGUCAUUCACCUGCAAAUUGUCCCCACCAUGUUCAAGAAGGAGGGACAAAGUUUGCAGAGUGCUUUGUCUGUAAACAGCAAGGACACUUGAGUAAAAACUGCCCUCAAAAUGCUCAUGGCAUCUAUCCUAAGGGUGGUUGUUGUAAAAUAUGUGGUGGCGUGACACAUUUGGCAAGGGAUUGCCCCGAAAAAGGCUUACUGAGAAAUGAACAGAGGCCUUGUGGAACGGUAACCAAAUUUGUGAGUGGGGAUGACAUUGAGGAUGACUUCAUGAUAGAUGACAUAAAUAACAGAGACAAGGACAAGUCCUCAAAGUCCAAAGACGGUCAAGCAAAACCAAAAAAGGGUCCUAAAGUUGUGAACUUCAGCUAAUGACCAUUAUGGUUAUGCUUUCAUUUGUUAUGUGGAUAUGGGCUAUCUCAUACCAUUGUUUCUUAUUCUAUGGCUAACCGCCAGAUACAAAGUCCCUCUUACUACUAUUCGUUGCAGUCUGCAGACUCACUUCCAGGAUGAGCAUUAAAAGCUUCUGCAAGUUUGAAGUUGCCUAAAAGUUUGGAGAAGAAGUUACAACAUAACUGAAGUACAAUUUCAUAUUUUUUAUCGUUAAUCUUAGCAGAGUUAUGAAAAGGGAAACAAAAUGUAACCAUAGUUUUUCUUUUUUUGCUACAAUCACUAGAUUACUGUCGCUAUU